AUGGUUAGGGAUAAUUGGGAGUUUAGGCAAAUCGCUCGUGAAGAGUCCAGUAGCAGCAUUUCAUCGUAUUCUACUUCGAUUUCCAGUUCAAAUUCUUCGCUUUUCGAUUCGAAUUUGAGUCAUUCAAUUCCUGGAAUUUUAUUCACAUAUGAGCAAAUUCGCCAAGCCACUAAUGAUUUUGGUGAACAAAAUCUCAUUAAGCACGGCCACUCGGGGGAUCUAUUUCGUGGAAUUCUCGAAGAUGGGAUCCAGGUAGUAAUUAAGAGAAUUGAAUUGCGUUCAGUGAAGUCGAAAUUGUACGUUUCGGAGUUAGAAUUUUUCAGCAAGAUUUUUUCACAUCCACGAUUUGUUAAUCUCAUUGGACAUAACUUGACGAAUGAGGCCGAGAAGUUUCUCGUUUACAUAUAUAUGCAAAAUGGGGACUUAUCGAAUUCUUUGUUCAAGAAAAAAAUUCCAGACGAUGAUCUUUAUAGUUUAGUAUCACUUGAUUGGAUAACGAGGCUCAAAAUCGCAACUGAAGCAGCAGAAGGUCUGGCAUUUUUACACGAGGAAUUUUCUCCGCCAAUCGUGCACAGAAAUGUCCAAGCCAGCAGCAUACUUCUUGAUGAGAAGUUCGAAAUGAGAAUUGGAAGUCUAAGUGAGAUCUGUGAGCAGAGGGGGAGCACUCGUCCAAAAAUGAUUACGAGGUUGUUGCGGUUGCCACAGAAUUUCAAACAACGCAGUUUGGAUGAGCCAAAUGCAACAUGUGCAUAUGAUGUUUAUUGCUUUGGCAAAGUGUUGCUUGAGCUAGUAACAGGCAGGUUGGGUAUUGACAUGUCGGAUACUGCCAACUUAAAGACGUGGCUUGCUGAAUCCCUCCCUUGCAUCAGUAUAUAUGACAGGAAUCUUGUGACUAAAAUUGUGGAUCCAUCUUUAUUCAUAGAAGAGGACCAUUUAGAGGAAAUUUGGGCCAUUGCUAUUGUUGCUAAGGCCUGCCUGAAUCCCAAGCCUUCAAAGCGGCCUCUGAUGAGAUUUGUACUCAAAGGUUUGGAGAAUCCUCUGGCCGUAGUAAGGAACGAUGGCAGAGCUCGAGAAACACUAAAAACGACUCAAGAUAUUGGGUCGAUGCCCCUCGACAAAGCUUCAGGAAUAACUAAAGAUGACCACAAUACUAUUGUAACGUGGCCGAACGGAGUAACAGAAAGGUGGGAUCACAAGAAGAUGCUAGAUUCAAAUGUAUGGUUGUAUUAG